GACUUUGUGCCGGGCUUCGUCUCGAACACGAAAGACCCAGCGGUGUUGACAGUGGAGCGCUUCAUGUAUCAGAACGGCUUUCUUUCCAUCCAAGAGCCCGAUUCUGCCGGCUGGCCUCCGCUUUGCUAUGCGGCCCUGGAUGGCAGCCCCAUGCUGGUGGCGAGCCUUUUGGAGCAACGAGCCGAGGUGAACAGCUGCAGCACCAAGUACGACAAGCUCUUCAACUUCCCUUCCAGGAUGAGCGCCCUGUCGAUCUGCGUGGCGCUGAUGAACAACGACGCCUGCCGAGUGCUGAUCGACGCCAAGGCAGACCUUCACGCGGAG